AUGUGGUGGUCUAUCAAAGGAAUGGGCGGGUCAGCCUUUGUGACCUGCACUGAUGGAGAAACAGUUCUGAAGGGGUAUCAGGUCUGGGAGGGCGGCAAGAUAAGGGCAAAGUUCGAAGAGUCUUCCGAGGAAGAGCUGUCACGAGAAAAUCAAAUCUACGAGUUGCUCGGCGAACACCCCCAGAUUCUCAAAUGCUUCGGCCUCGAGGAAGUCCACACCGGCAUCUUCUCUCUCCGUCUCGAGUUAGCAUCACUUGCAAGCGUCAGAGGGUAUAUCGAGACGAACCCAGACAACCCUCCCCCUCUACAGACCCGGUCGCAAAUGGCAUUGGAUGUUGCUACCGGUAUCGCAUAUAUCCACUCCUGUGGUGUUUGGCACUCCGAUAUCAGCUGCCGCAACUUCUUCUUGUUUAGUGAUUUUCGAGUCAAGAUCGGUGAUUUUGGCGGAUCUUUGGUGCAAGGCCAGAACUUCCGCGCUUCAGUUUGUGAAGAGCCUGAGUAUGAAUUACCGUGCCGAGGAAGGGACUUCCAGGCUAGGCCACGAAUCAAAAGGGAGCUAUUCGCUCUCGGCACUGGCCUGUACGAGAUCAUUGCCUGGGCUCGCCUUUUUCCCGGCUCGAGCGAGGACGAUGUGGACAAUUUUCUCUCAGACGAGAAGUUCCCGCCGCUCGAAGGGGUUCUCCUUGGAAACGUCAUUCACGGUUGCUGGAACGAACUUUACAACAGUGCCGAAGAUGUUGUUCGUGAUCUUUCAGUCCCGUCUCUCUGA